AUGUCUCUUAAACCUAGCGCGAGGACGGAGGUUCGUAGGAAUAUGUACAAGGUAUCUGUGGAUGCCGAUGACGGUCGAAGGAGGAGGGAGGGUGAUAUGGUGGAGAUCCGGAAGAACAAGAGAGAAGAGAACUUGCAGAAGAAGCGUCGUGAAGGCCUAACUCCUCCCUUGGCGCUGCAUGGGCAGGAUUUCUACUCCGAUAAGAAAUUGGAAAAUAUGACACAUAUGGUUGCUGGAGUAAUGUCAGAUGAUAUAAGUUUGCAACUGGAGGCAACUGUUGGCAUCCGGAAAUUGCUCUCAGUUGAUUAUAAUCCACCCAUAAAUGAAGUUAUUCAAUCUGGUGUUGUUCCUCGCCUUGUCCAAUUUCUUUCCAGUGAUGACCCCCAACUUCAGUUAGAGACAGCUUGGGCGCUCACGAAUAUAGCUUCAGGAACAUCUGAACACACUAAAGUCAUUAUUGAUAGUGGCGCUAUCCCCUUUUUUAUCAAUCUUCUUGCUUCUCCCAGCGACGAAGUCCGAGAACAGGCUGUCUGGGGACUAGGCAACGUCGCUGGUGACUCACCAAAAUGCCGUGAUUUUGUUCUAAGCUGCAAUGCCAUGGUGCCACUUUUGGCUCAAUUCAACGAGCACUCAAAGCUCUCCAUGCUUAAAAACGCUACAUGGACUCUAUCAAACUUCUGCAGAGGGAACCCUCCGCCUGCACUUGAGCAGACAAAACCAGCUCUACCAAUUCUUGAACGCCUUUUGCAUUCAACGGACGAUGAAGUUCUCACGGAUGCAUGCUGGGCUCUCUCGUAUCUCUCAGCUGGUAACGACGAGAAAAUACAAACUGUUAUCAAUGCUGGUGUCAUCCCUAGCCUCGUUCAACACCUAGCUCAUCAUUCGCCCGCAGUUCUGACUCCAGCCCUCCGUACCAUUGGUAAUAUUGUAACCGGAGAUGACAUGAUGACUCAGGAGGUUCUUAACCAUCAAGCGCUUCCUCAUCUCUUUUCCAUUUUGACCAAUUCAUACAAGAAAAGUAUCAAGAAAGAAGCUUGCUGGACUAUCUCUAACAUUACAGCUGGAAACACUAGUCAAAUACAACAAGUGAUUGAAGCCCGCAUUAUUCAGCCUCUGCUUCACCUGCUUCAAAACGCUGAAUUCGAAAUUAAGAAAGAAGCUGUUUGGGCAAUCAGUAAUGUAACUUCUGGUGGCAAUCCUGACCAAGUCAAGUUUCUUGUGGACCAAGGAUGUGUCAAACCGCUCUGUGAUCUCCUCAUAUCUCCCGAUCCAAGGGUCGUCCUAGUGACCUUAGAAGCUCUAGAGAACAUUCUUAAAAAUGGCAACACCGAAGGCUGUAACCUCUACGUGCAGCUGAUUGACGACGCUGAAGGUUUGGAGAAGAUUGAGAAUCUUCAGAGUCACGACAAUAAUCUCAUUUACGAGAAAGCUGUUCAAAUCCUCUCUACGUAUUGGACGGAAGAUGAUGACGAUGAAAAUGACGGUCUUGAUCUCAAUGGUUUCGAAUUCGGAAACCAAAGUGGCAAUAAUGCUCCUACAGGCGGAUUCAACUUUGGUUGA